ACUCAGCAGGGGCGCGCUCGCUCCUGUCUUCCCUCACAGGGUGGAUGUGUUCAACAUGGUUUAUACCGAAAGAGGAUCGACCUAAUGCAAUUCCUCACCCAUCAAAUGGUUAUCACACAGGGAAUGGGGAUGCAGCUGAUCAUUUCCUGGGUGAAAUAGGUUUUAUUAGCACAGUCAGGUACACACUGAGACAGGGUAGACGUGUUGCUUUUAAUUAAGCGAAUAUGGUGUAAAAGCAAAGAAGCAGAAGAUCGGGAGUGAACAUUAUGUAUUGCUAUUGAUACAAACAUAAAGCGGAGUUUUAUUUGAUCUAUUCCGUCUGAGACAACAGCCGCUGUCUGCUGCGCAUGCGAGUCACAAGCUCACACAAGCAGAAAAGUUGUAUCCUGUGUGGAGGGAAACUAACACUGCACUGUGCACACUGCUGCAGCGAGCCUCGUUUCAUUGCCGCCCAAAUAAGAAGACAGCGACUACAAACAGAAAAUAACAAGCUCCAGACCACUGACCGACGGGCAGCCCAGGAUUGUAAAACAAGCCCUCCGACCAACAGUUAAGGAGCUAACGAAAAUAUCGCAGAAGCUAAAGAGCUAAAGUGAAAUGGCGACGGCAAUAUACUUGGAACAUUACCUUGACAGUAUUGAAAACCUACCAUGUGAGCUUCAGAGAAACUUUACUCUGAUGCGGGACCUGGACAAUAGGACUGAAGAAAAGAAAGGAGAGAUUGACAAACUGGCUGAAGAGUACAUUGCCACUGUGAAGAACCUGGCCUCAGAACAGAGAGUGGAACACCUGCAGAAGAUCCAAAAUGCCUACAGCAAGUGCAAAGAGUUCAGUGACGACAAAGUCCAGCUCGCAAUGCAGACAUAUGAGAUGGUGGACAAACAUAUCCGCAGACUGGACGCAGAUCUGGCGCGAUUUGAGAAUGAGCUAAAGGAGAAACUGGAAGCGAGCGGCUACGAAAGUACAGAGGGAAGAGGAGUGAAAAAGGGUGAGUCCAAGGGGUUGAGAGAGAAGCGUGGAUCCAGGGGAAGAGGACGGAAAGGUUCUGAUGAAGAUUCUCCCCGAAAGAAAAAGAUCAAAAACAGCCCAGACUUGAGUGACGCUCUGCUGCCUAUGCAACCAUCAGAUGUUUUGGACAUGCCAGUCGAUCCCAAUGAGCCUACAUACUGCCUGUGCCAUCAGGUGUCAUAUGGAGAGAUGAUUGGAUGCGAUAACCCAGACUGUCCGAUUGAGUGGUUCCACUUUGCUUGUGUUGAUCUCACCACAAAACCCAAAGGAAAAUGGUUUUGUCCGAGGUGCACCCAAGACAAGAAGAAGAAAUGAGAUUUCUUACCUUCAGAAGUACCUAACUAAUAUAUGUAUUUUUGGUGUAGUUUAAUAAUGUAAUAUACUGUGUAUACAUGUAUAUAUAUUUCAGUUCCUAUAACUCUCCAUAGAAAUGGUGGGCUAUUUUAAAGGCCUACACCGGAUUCAGAGUAUAGCUACACGUGUGGCACCAUUAGAGCCCUCUUUAUAGAUGUUAUUCUGCCUGUGUCACUGGACAGCUCUCUUUGUCCAAAAGCUCUAAAAUAAUUGAUUCAUCUGUAUAUUAUUUGUGUACUCUGGGUAAAUUAGUCCCGGCAGUGGAGAAAAGUUGCACAAAUUAUUACCAAUCAGAAAGUCCUUCCUCUCAAGUCAUAUAGUGUAUAUAUUGUUAGUACUAACAUAAAUCCUGGACUGUGGCUUUAGCAUACUUGAAAUAUCAAUUUUAUAAAGAUCUAUUUUUUAAACAAAUUAACAGCCUGCUGAGAAUUUACAAAUUGAAACACCUAAAUCCUUACCAAUUGUUGGUGGUAAAAGGAAUUAUGUGUCAGAUUUUCAGUUACCUACCUCCUUAGGGAAUACAUCAGCACUGCAUAAAUGACUGCAAUUGAUACCAGUGUAAAAAAUGCGUUUUGAUUAGCUUAAACCAAACAAGCAAAGCAAUGUAAAUUCAUUCGUUAUUGAGUUUUAAAAAACAAAAACCUGCGACAUUUUUGAAUGUAUUGUGGUACUAAUGGUCAGUCAGUCAGUGUCUCUGAAUGAGGUAUUUAAGCACUUUGAAUGAAAUUUCCCCUGAAGAGGUUUGAUACUGCAGGCUUGGUUUUAUGAUAUAGUUUCUCAUUUAAAACUCUGCCAUAGUGAAUCAUUUCAAACCAUAUGGAAAUAUAUAUACAUACGGUAUAUGUUUUGUAUGAUAUUAUGAAACAAUAUUUUGUGGACACGUCAUUUUCCAAAGAUAUAUUUGUUGUAUUGCUUACUUACUGGUGUACACUCAAAUUUUAUUUAAUAGGAUUUUAGCCUCCUUUCAUAUUCAACUGUGAAUAUCACUCGUUUAGGUGUAAGCCACAAAUAAUAAAAGAGCCAAAGUCUUUGUAUUUUGUAUAUUUCAGUAUUUUAUAACAAAUAAAUAUUCACUAUUA